GGUAACAAACCAUUAAUAUGUACAGCUACUACAAAUUAUUUAUUGUGUUUCUUUUUAUAAAAUCAGUGUAUCUCUACUGUGCUACAUACAAUGGACAAAUAUGUAGAAGCUAUACCACAGGCUUGGUAUGGUAUAACAAAACCGGUGGCUUGGAAAAUGAAAAAAUUACGGCAGGCUUAUGGAAAGAAUUGAUAUCUACUUUGAAAGAACCUUGCAGGAGCAGAGCAGAGAAACUACUCUGUGCAUAUGCAUUCCCAAAGUGCAUUCAUAAAGAUGGAACUGGCAAUAUACCUUUAUCGCUGUGUUAUGAAGACUGUAUGGCUGUUAAAAUGCAAUUUUGUUAUAAUGAUUGGGUAGUAAUUGAGGAACAAAAGCGCCGAGGAGUGUUUUUCGAGUCACGGGGACAUUUCCGGUUUCCAGAAUGUGAAACACUUCCCAAAUUUUCAGGUAAAGGAUCCCAGACAACAUGUAACAAUGCUGGUAUAACAGACAUGGACUAUAGCCAACUAACAACAGAUUGCUAUAAAGGCAAUGGUCGUUAUUACCAAGGGACAAAAAAUGUCACAGAAACAGGUCUUGCAUGUCAGCAAUGGGAAUCACAAUUUCCUCACCAACACACUAGACCACCACUUGUAUUCCCUGAAAUUCAAAAUUCUACAAAUUAUUGUAGAAAUGCAGGAGGUGAAGAGAAAAAACCUUGGUGCUACACAAUGGAUGCUAAUGUUAGAUGGGAACACUGUGACAUACCUGUAUGUGCCAACUCCAGUGAAGAGUUUGAAGAUAUGAAUGGACCAAGUAUAGUCAUGGAAAAUUAUUUUACUCCAACAUUUGUCUUGAUUUUAUCAGUAGGAGGACUGGGGUGUGUAUUAUGUAUAGCAUCAAUUGCAUUACUUUGUCAUUAUUUUCUGAAGAAUCAUUAUUCAAAAUGCAACUUGUCACAUCGCAGAAAUGUGCAAAAUGCAGAUAUUGAUUUGGAUAAAUUACCAAGUAAUUUGGCUUAUCAUACCACUGGAGCACAACUUAAUCCCAAAUUAGAAAAAUUGGAGUUUCCCAGGAACAAUAUAAUUUACAUCAGAGACUUGGGACAGGGAGCAUUUGGCAGAGUUUUUCAAGCUAAAGCGCCAGGACUAGUACCUGACGAAGAGUUUACACUGGUUGCAGUUAAAAUGCUGAAAGAUGAAGCUUCUCAUGAUUUACAAUUAGACUUUGAAAGAGAAGCUUGUUUGUUAGCUGAUUUUGACCAUCCUAAUAUUGUUAAACUGUUGGGGGUGUGUGCUAUUGGAAGACCUAUGUGCUUGUUAUUUGAAUUUAUGGGUAAAGGAGAUUUAAAUGAAUAUUUGAGGGCAUGCAGCACUGCUACAAAUUUUCCACCUUCUGUUGAAAAUAGGGAAGAUUUAAGAUUGCUGUCUACUCCCUUAAAUCACUUGGAUUUAUUGCAUAUUGCAAGGCAAAUAGCAUCUGGUAUGGUUUACCUUUCAGACCGAAAAUUUGUACAUCGUGAUCUAGCAACAAGAAACUGCCUUAUAAAUGACGACAUGGUAGUAAAAAUUGCUGAUUUUGGGUUAUCACAUAAAAUCUACCUUCAAGAUUAUUAUAAAGGCGAUGAACAUGACGCUAUACCAGUAAGAUGGAUGCCUUUAGAAAGUAUUUUGUACAAUAAAUAUACUUUAGAGUCAGAUGUAUGGGCAUAUGGUGUAUGUCUUUGGGAAAUAUUUUCAUUUGCUCUACAGCCUUAUUUUGGUAUGACUCAUGAAGAGGUGGUCAGAUUUUUAAAAGAUGGUAAUGUUCUUGCAUGCCCUGAUAAUACUCCUCGGUGUGUAUAUGACUUAAUGAAACAAUGUUGGAACCAUCACCCUAGUGAUCGCCCCAAUUUUAGAGUUAUUUACCAGACUUUAGAUAAUAUACAAAUGAUUCUGGAAAGAACUCAAUCGGAAUAGUUUAAGUUAGUGUGUAAGGUCAAAGUUUUUAUGGUAAAUGUAGCACUCUGGCUAUAUGAGAAGUUCAAACUUGUCAAUGGUACUUAUUUUAAUUCUAUGAAUAGUUUUAUCCAUGUGAAAAUAAUUUACUUUUGGGCUUUAUUUAUUUUUUAUAUUAAACUUAUCUGUUCUACUUUAAGAAUUUCAUACAUGGCCAGAGAACCAGAGAUUUUAUUUUUACCUGUCCUAUCUUGCCCAUAAUUAGAAUAUUAUAUAUGUUCUGGAGGUAUCACUAGCAUUUAUAAUGAAGUUGUACCAAAUUAUGAGUUAAGUGAAGCAAAAAGCAAAUAUGCUUGUGAAAAUUACUGAAGAAAAAAUAUUUAUCCUAUUAUACUUGUCUGUAUCAAAAAGUACAUAUGAUACAGCCCAUGUAGAUCAAUUCUAGAAAUUAAUUUUAUGUGAACAAUAAAAACAGAUUCAAUAGGUAUAAACAGCAAUCAUAUUUUUUGUUAAAAAUUGGCAUUUUUCUUAAUUCCACUACUCCUGAAGAAGCUGUGUAGAUUCAACUGCAUGUCAUGUUAGCAUUUGUAGUAGUCUAUUUUUUUCUCUUUAGUUUAAGUAAACUUGUUUGACUGCAAUGCUAUCUCCUGGUCUAUCAGUGUAUGUUGAGACUUGUGGUUAUCCAUUUGGCUGGCAAGCUAAAGUGAUACAAAAUGACAACUAAAUGUAUCAGCCAAAAAACAUAUUUUCGUCUAAAUGUGAAUUAGUAGCAUUUAAUUUUUUUUGUAAUAAUUUAAAGGUAAUAUUUGUCAAUUCUAUUAUAAAUAAUUAAGUAUAAUUAAUGAUUAUGACUUCCUUUGAAUUAAAAAGAGUGUUGUUAGUAAUUGUGUACUGUCCACUUUAUAAAUUUUGAUUCAUUUAUUGUAUUAGAAAAAGGAUACUAGGACUUCAAACAAGCCAAGUUUUUAUAGUAUGUAUUUAUUAUAUACGUUUUCAUUCUGUAACAUAAUUUGACUGUCUUAGUUCAAUUGAAAAAUGUACCGUGGAAUAUUUCUAUGCUCAUGUUUUUAAAAGACUGAUUUUGGUUAUUGUAUAAGUUCACUUUUAUGCUUAAAUUCAUAUUGUAAAGCACAUAGGUACACUUUUACAUAUUAUUUCGGUCUUCUUUUUUGAUCUUGUCUUGUUAAUUUAAGUAUAUGUGAUGUUCCUGUGCUUUAACUUCAUUCUCAAGGUUAAAAAACUAUAUCAUAGAAGGGGGACUGUAUGAUUUUUAUUCCAAUCAAUUCACCGUAAUGUAUAGCUCUGCUUUUGCUAAUUUUGUUACUAAAGUAGACAAAAAAUACAAACUGUGGCAUGUUUGAAUACAAUCUAAGAAUAUUGCCAAAAACAGAAAAGUAAUGUUUGUAUAAAAUUAAAUUCUUAUAUUUUUUGUAUCGCCGUAGUAAUGACAAGUUAUGCAAAGUUUAUUCUUCUUUUUAUACCACAUCUGUUUAGGUACUAUUUAACAGAAAUGUACAGUCAAUAGCGCAUCAAACUGCCCAAAUUCGUUACAAAUGCGUCGCUAUCAGCAUAGAGUUUUGAUGUUGGGUAUUUUGACUGUACUCAAUUUUGAUGUCCUCUUAUUAAAAUGUACACUUUAAUUAAAAUCAAUAAGUACUACUAUACCGUUAGUCACAUAAGAAGAUAUUUUAUAAAUUACUAAAUUAAAUAUCUACCUAAACAUAUGGGGUAUAUUAUGUAUAAAUAUGUUAGUUAGGUUUAAAGAAUAUUGGCCGCAUGUACAUUACAAUGAAUUUAAAUUAUUUAUUUAAACGCAUAGUUGAUUAAGAAUAAUGUUGGUUUCAUUUAUUAAACUUUUUAUUUCAA